AUGGGUCGUUACACAGGGAGAAAAUGUCGUCUUUUGACAAUGUUAUGGCUGACAGCCUUAUUCUUUUUAGUAGAAAUAAUAGUCGGUUAUGUAACCAACUCGAUGGCUUUAGUAGCUGACAGUUUUCACAUGUUAUCGGAUGUAGCUGCUUUGGUAGUAGCUUUCCUUUCGGUUAAGAUGUCACCGAAGAAAUGGUCCAAGAAUACUUUUGGUUGGGCUCGGGCCGAAGUGUUAGGAGCAUUGGUAAAUGCUGUGUUCUUGGUCGCUUUGUGUUUUAGUAUUAUUGUGGAGGCAAUUAAGAGAUUUAUCGAAGUAGAAGAAAUACACCAAGCUAAACUGCUUGUAGGAGUCGGAGUACUCGGUUUAUUGGUGAAUGUGAUAGGUUUAUGUUUAUUCCAUGAACACGGAAGCGCUCAUGGUCACUCGCACGGUAAAUCUCGAAGCCAUAAUAGACUGAGCACUUUAGUAGGUACGGAUGACAAUGAAAAUGACGAAGCUUACAGAGCUUCGACACCGCAGGUGAAAAGGGCGCAUGGUCAUACCCAUGACGCGAGUCAAAUGAACAUGCGAGGUGUAUUUCUUCACGUUCUGUCCGACGCAUUGGGAUCUGUUAUCGUGAUUGUGUCUGCUCUGAUUGUGUGGCUUACAAAGUGGAAGUACAGAUUUUACAUCGAUCCUGCGCUAUCGCUCUUAUUAGUCAUCCUUAUCCUGCGUUCGGUUUGGCCGUUACUUCACGAAUCAGCUUUAAUUCUCUUGCAAACUGUGCCAACACAUAUUCAGGUCGAUGCUAUACAACAGCGUUUGUUAGAGAACGUAGACGGAGUAUUAGCUGUACAUGAGUUUCAUGUUUGGCAAUUAGCGGGCGAUCGUAUUAUAGCUAGCGCGCACAUAAGAUGUAGGAAUCUGUCGGAAUACAUGAAAAUUGCCGAACAAGUGAAGGAGUUUUUCCACAAUGAGGGCAUACACUCUACGACCAUUCAACCGGAAUUUAUUGACUAUCACUCUAAUAGCGAAAUUAAGGAAACUCCCACGGAGGAUUGCGUGUUGGAUUGUCCAAAGACUGAUAAACCUUGCAAUCACGCGACAUGCUGCGGUCCUUCCAAGCAAGGUCGUGAGACUCCCUCACCUGGAGAGACGCCAUACAUGUGCCGACAGCGUAACAGCCUGGCACGCUCGACUGCCUCCAUAGGAGGAACGGAACAGCAAGAAGUGAAUGAAAUGGAACGUGGACACUUGCUAUCACUGCCCGCCUCGCAUCCAAAUUCGUUCCAUUCCGUCCAAGUUCCCCACCCUCACGUUAUCAAUGCACCGACCGUUUGAGCUCUCAUCGCAUUAUCAAGUAUCUACCUCCAAUAGUGAAAAUACGCUCUGCGUCACGGUUUAUUGUACAAACGCAAUAAAUGGGUACACCUAUAUAGAAUUCAUCAAUAUCGCGGAUUGAUGGCAGAGAUGAGCGUACGAUGCAUUUUUUUUCUGUAAUUCUUCUGUCUAUGCCGUCAAUUUACUUAUAGAUUAAAUAGUUAAGAUAUUUGAUAAUUAAUAAUAAUGCCAAAGGCAUGUUAAUACCAAAUACAUUACGUUACAUAACGCUUCGACAUAUAAAUAUAUAAAAUCAAUUUCAAGUAUAUACAUACGCAUUAAUAAAUAAUAAGAUAUAUAGGUAAGACGUUGAAAUGACGCUCCAAAUUUACGAGUUUGACAAAGUUUUGACUUUUACCGCUCGAUGCAUAAUUUAUCGUACUUUAGAUGUAGCAUUAUUUUUACGUUAGAUAAUUUUGUUCAAAUCUCACGUGUACAUUAAUUGACACUGUGGUUUUAUAAGGAUGCCACUUUGCGAAAAAUUCUUUAUUUAUAUGCGAUUUUUAUUAUGUACAUUACAUAUUACAUACUUUUAUAAGAUACUACACAAAUCUAUAAAGCAAGAAUACCAAAUCUCUUUAUUAUACCUGUAUUCUUUCCUUCUUAUAUAAUUCUCUCAAAUGUUAAAUUUGUAUAUUUUUUAUGUGUUUUUUGUAGACUCUACUUCCAAUUACAAAACAGCUGUAAAAACUGAAUGUAUUGAUUGCUUAUGUGUUCUAUGUAAUACUUAUAUCACAUUUACUGCUUUAGAAAUGAUAAAAGAAAGUAUAUUAACAGAUUUUUUUCUGUAGAUAGCCUCGAAAAUUUCCUUUUCGUUUUAUAGGCUUACGAUAGAACAACAGUACUGCAAAAAUGAGAUAAUUAAACGUCAGUUAAAC